CCGACCCCACUCCCCGGCGGGAGCUUGAGGGCCGGAUUAAAAGGUCUGAUGGGCCAGACGUGGUCCACGGGCCGUAGUUUGCCCACCCCUGCUUCAGCAGCUCCAAUUAAAUGAUUUUUUUUUUAAAUGUGUAACUUAAGUUGUUUACAAACAUAAUGUACCAUCAUAUAUGCUUAGAUUUAUUACUAAAGAUUAAGGCCAAAAUAAUUGUCAAAAGGAAGAAAAAGGAAACUUUCAAAGGACAAUAUAGUUGCAAAUCAUGUAGAAAAGGAGCAAUGCUGGGGAUCCAGUACUUAUGCCACUGGCACAAGAGAUCAAAGAUUUCUAUGGAAGCAAGGGCAAAAAUGCAAUUAUACCUCUACUAUAUUUGAUCCAAGGAACAUGCUGUCCUGCACUGACCUACCAGUGUCCUAAUUUAUUGAUGUAACUUAGCCUAAACGGUGGUGGGUCAUGAAAAAUACUUUUUGAAAUCUUUAUUGUGAAAGUUUUACACUUCAAGCUUGUGUAAUUCUUGUUUUUGUCUGUUCCUUGUCUUUAAAAAGCAUGGGGUUUGGGUAGGGGCGGGACAGCUUGCAGGCUGAUAGCUAAAGGUCCUGUUUUUGUGGUAAGUGACGAAGAGUCCUGUGGCACCUUAUAGACUAACAGACGUAUUGGAGCGUAAACUUUUGUGGGUGAAUACCCACUUCGACAGAUGCAUGUAGUCGAAAUUUCCAGAGGCAGGUGUCAUCCUAACACCUAUGAUAGCUCUUCAAUGUGGCAAAUGCAAACAACUGGUAGGGACUAACACGGCUUCUACUCUGAAAACUGGUAGGGAAGUUAUCACCUUCUGCAUUGUAGAUAACUGUAGGAACAACAGUAUCAGGUUGCCCUGCCCUAAAAUAUAUCCUCAUUCUUCUUGCAAGUUCAAGUGUAUAAGCAAAAGUAGCACUAAUCAGCCCUAUCUUUCUGUGGGCUCGUUUUUCCAGAUCUUGGAAACUUUGGAUGCAGUAGCAUGCUGCUUCAGCCAUUACUGUAUAGUGAGGUGUGCCUCCAGCUUUUCCGCUAGACAUAAUAGCCUGGAUACAAAUACACCUAUACCCCGAUAUAACGGGGCCCGAUAUAAUACGAAUUUGCAUAUAACAUCGUAAAGCAGUGCUGGGGGAGGAGGGCUGCACACUCCGGUGUAUCAAAGCAAGUUCGAUAUAACACGGUUUCACCUAUAAUGCGGUAAGAUUUUUUGGCUCCCGAGGACAGCGUUAUAUCGAGGUAGAGGUGCAUCUUAGAAACAGCUUUAAAAAGUGAACAGUGUUUGUAUUAAAAAUGACCCUAGUCUCUCCCUCCAAAGUGAGCUGGCCCUCGCCGGGCUCUCUCCAGUCCAGGUACUCUGUAGACUCCUAGAACCAUAGAGUAGAAGGAACCACCAGGCUCAUCUGGUGUAACCCCGGGCCCAGCUGCAGGAUGGGUUGUGGCUGGGAGGUGGGUGUAGCUCUUCCUUCCCUAGUUAUUCCAGCGGGCUGUACGACUCACGCCGCCUGCUGAACGUUUUCCGCCGCUGGUGUCUGCGUGCGGGGGGGAGCGCGGCCCUGGCUCCCGUUUCAGGGGGCGCUGCGGGAGCGUGUCCCAAACGCUGCCCGUCUCUCCGAGACGCCGGGGUAGGUGAUGUCCUCGCUCACAGCCGCUCCGCUGCAGCCGGGCAGGGGCCAGGGCUGGCAGGACGCUAGGCACCAGACAAGGCAGGUCCUAGGGCCUGAUCGUCCGCGGAGCUGAGCCCCUGCAGCAGGGCAGCUCCCCGUGGCUGGAGCGUGGUGAGCCCUGGCAGGCCGGCCGGCCGCAGAGGGGGGUGCUGCUGCUGGCGCCCUCGGGGGAGGGGAAGGGGGAGACGCCUUGGUGUUGCGACAUCGUCUCGCUCUCCGCGGCUGCUGGCGGGGCAGCUCGCUCAGUCAGCGUCGGGCUCCUGCGCGGUGCCGCGAAGGGGAAGCACCCGGCCGAGCCGCUCUCCCAGUUCUCGGGGGCACCGAGCAGCGCGGGGCUCCGGCCCGCUCGGGGCAGCAGCAGCAGCACCGGGUCCCGGCCAGGCGCCCUCGCUCCUCCCCUUUCACUCCGUGUCCCCACGCGCGUCCUCCCCGCCGCCGCGGUCCAAUAGUGUGAAGAACAAUCUUUGUUUCACUUGAAUUAAACUCCAUGACGAUUCCACGCUGCAAAUCUCUAGUCGCUCAAAGAUGAUGUUAGAAGGAGCAGCCUCUUGCUAUCUUAACAAUGGAAGGUCAGUCUUGUGCUAACCCAGAGAUUAUCCAGCAAGUACCCUCCGGAUCAAGUCCUCCACCCUUCCUUAACUUGCUGAAAAUACAUCGAGAACUUUUAGUCAGCAAAAUCCGAAACACCCAGUGUUUGUUUGACAACUUGAUUAAGAAUGAAUACUUCUCUACUGAAGAUGCAGAGAUUGCUGCACAGUUUCCUACUCAAGCCGACAAGGUUCGUAAAAUUCUGGAUCUGGUUCAAAGCAAAGGAGAAGAAGUUUCAGAAUAUUUCAUCUACAUCCUGCAAGAAGUCUCUGAUGCAUAUUAUGAACUACAGCCUUGGUUGGAUGAAAUAGAAUUCCACCCUUCACAGAAUAUUCAAAAUAAACCUGUUGUAAAUACAGAUCCAGUCAGCAGGUACCGUCAGAAACUCAAAUAUGAAUUGGCACGAGACACAAAGUUUGUUAUGUCGUAUGCUCAGAAGGAGGAAAUGCUGCUGGAGGAAACCUAUGCUGCUAGUCUUAUCGAGCUGGUCAGUUAUACCAAUGAGAGCCUAGGCAAGGUGAGCUGCCUAGAAGAUCUGUUUGAUGAUAGAAUUGGGUUAAUUAACGAAGAUGGAGAGACGAUCUACAUCUUUGGUGAUGCAGGUAUUGGAAAAUCCAUUUUGCUGCAAAAGAUGCAAAAUCUUUGGGCCAGAGGAGAAUUGGAUGUAGGUGCCAAAUUUUUCUUCCGGUUCAGGUGCAGGAUGUUUAGCUGUUUUAAGGAGAAUGAAGCCAUCUGUUUGAAGGAUCUCCUGUUCAAAUACAACUGUUACCCAGACCAAGACCCCGAGGAGGUAUUCAGCCACAUCCUGCACUUCCCUCAUACAGCCCUCUUCACGUUUGAUGGUUUUGAUGAGAUCCAUUCCGACUUUGACUUGAGCAGCAUCCCCGAGAUCUGCUCACCCAAUGAACCUAUCCACCCUCUUGCCCUGUUGGUGAAUCUUCUCAGUGGAAAGGUUCUUAAGGGAUCAAGGAAAGUUCUGACAGCAAGGACAGGAACUGAGAUCCAUCAAAACAUCAUUAGGAAGAAAGUACUGCUCCGAGGGUUUUCCAGCAAUAACUUGAAGGAAUACACUAAGAAAUUCUUCAGAGACGAGGAGUGUCGGGUAUUGAUGUCGAACCAGCUGGAAGCAAACCCCAGUCUCUGCAGUUUGUGUUCGGUGCCUUUGUUUUGUUGGAUUAUCUUUAAAUGCUUUGAACUCUUCCAUUCCAUGUUUGACAGUCAUGAGCUUCCAAACUACUCAGUUACACUCACAGAUGUUUUUUUGCUCAUGACUGAAGUUCACUUGAACCGAACUCUGAAAACAAAUUUGCUGAAGAAGAACACCAGGAGCCAAGUGGAGACUUUCAGGUCAAAAAAGGAAACUCUGUUCUCUUUAGGUAAAAUAGCACACAUGGGGAUGGAGAAGUCUCUCUUUUUCUUUGACCAGGAGGAAGUCACAUCCUUGAACAUGUCAGAGCAGGAUUUGCAUCUGGGAUUCCUCAGAACGGUUCAUGACUGUGGUGGUUAUGGAGACCAGUCCUUCUAUGAGUUCUUACACUUGACCUUGCAGUCUUUUUUCACAGCUUUGUUCCUAGUUACUGAAGAGAAAUUGGGUACAAAGGAGUUACUGAAGUUUUUCGCAGAGUGCUCUUCCACUGAGACUGCCCAGUCUACUUGUUUCCCUAUUUCCUGGGUGCACAAACGCUCUAUAGGAGAAGAUCCUUUCCGAAAUAAAGAACAUUUUCACUUCACCAAUCUUUUCCUCUGUGGUCUGCUUUCCAAAGACAAGGAGAAGCUCCUCAGACAUUUAGUUUCACCUGCAGCCAUUAAGAGGAAAAGAAACGCGCUCAUCACAUAUCUCUUGGAAAGCAUGAAAUUUCAAUUGCAGAGCCUGAUGCGGGCAAAACUUAAGGGUUAUAAACAGAUUCAGGUCAUGCCCAAUUUUGUUUGGAUGCUGAGGUGCAUUUAUGAGACUCAAAGUGAAAAACUAGCCAAGCUGACUGUCAGGGGCAUGAGGGCCAACUACAUCAAACUCACCUAUUGCAAUGCCUAUUCGUCGGACUGCAGCGCUAUAUCCUUUGUGAUGCAGCACUUUCAGAAGCAUCUGGGUCUGGAUCUAGACAACAAUAAUAUCAAUGACUAUGGAGUAAAACAACUUCUACCUUGUUUUAACAAGCUUGCGGUGAUCAGGCUGAGUGUUAAUCAGAUCACAGAUCAUGGAGUAAGAGUACUAUACGAUGAGCUCUCCAAGUUCAAAAUUGUGACUACCCUGGGCUUGUACAACAACCAAAUUACUGAUGUUGGAGCCAAAUACGUUGCAAGACUCAUUGAAGAAUGUUCAAGCCUCACAUAUGUUAAAAUAGGAGCAAACAAGAUAACCACUGAAGGAGGGAAAUGUCUUGCCCUUGCUAUCCAGAAGAGCAAAACGAUGUAUGACAUUGGGAUGUGGGGUAACCAGGUUGGAGAUGAAGGAGCGAAGGCAUUUGCUGAGGCGCUGAGGAAUCACCCCACCUUAACGAAUGUGAGUCUUGCAUUCAAUGGCAUCACGCCAGAGGGAGGCAAAAGCAUUGCCGAAGCUUUGAAGCACAACAACACCGUGAAAAUAUUUUGGUUGACUAAAAAUGCGAUAGAUGACGACGCUGCAGAGAGCUUUGCAGAGAUGCUGAGAGUCAACAAGAAGCUAGCGCAUUUAUGGCUUAUACAGAAUCAGAUUACAGCCAAAGGGGCCAAAUACCUCAGCGAAGCUCUCCAGGCGAACACAACCAUUAAAGAAAUCUGCUUAAAUGGGAACCUGAUCAACCAAGAAGAGGCCAAAGCCUUUGCAAAUGAAGAGCGGAUUAUUUGCUUUUGAGUGUGUUCUUUCCAGUUUGGACAAGCUCAGUAUUACAAGUACUGUUCCAGCACUUGGAGACUGCAGGGUUACCAAGGCAUCCAUCUGCACUGGGGACGUCACAGCAUGUAAGAGUCUGAUUAAGUGGCUUUUUCAGAACACUCUACCCUUCCCCCCUCCACCAAGGUGCCUGUGUUGUUACUCCACACUUUUGCUGAGUGGGAUGGUGCCUUAGAGAACUACAUUAAAUCGUCUAAGCACCGUACAAAAGUGCUAUGUCUGUGUCAUCAAACCAAACCCCCGGCAGGUCUAUGGAUUAUGUAAAUAAGUCUCUGUAUAGCUUGUUUAUGUGUACAAUUAAGGGUGCAAGAUCUUAUGGAAGAGCCACAAGCUCACAGCACUAUCCCCCAUGGACUGAGGAAAAGCUUGUGAGCAUUUGGAAAUCCUGAGCAGAACUGUAAACCAGCCCUGCAAAGUAUUUUCUGCGGGUGCCUUCAGCACCCAUACUCGUUCCUGCCUGGUACCUGAGGUCUAAUUUUCCCAUCAACUGUCAAUGGAGGUGUGGGCGCUCAGCACUCCUGAAAAGCAGGAUCUUGGACUUUAGGCUUUGGCUAUUGUUAAUACUCCUUAGUAGAGCAAAUUCACACCACUGCCCCCAGAUAUUCCGCAACACUCCUCCAUGUUGUUAGAAAGUUGUGUGAUCUGUAUCGAGACAGCCCCUGUAAGUACAGUGUUCCGUUUUGGGGGAUUUUGGAGAUAAACCUGAAGAAGGGGCCUCUAGCUUCAGAUACUAGACAAAUUUAGACUGGACUUACACAGUAUAAAUUUUUUAUGAGACUAGUUAGCCAUUGGAACCAUUUACACAGGGCCAGCAUGGAUUCUCUAUCACUGAUGAUUUUUAAAUCAAGGUUGGAUAGUUUUCUGAAAGAUCUGCUCUAGGAAUUAUAGUGGGGGAAGUUCGAGGGCCUGGGUUGUACUGGAGGUCAGACUAGAUCAGAGAUUCUCAAACUGGGGGUCAUGACCCCUCAAGGGGUCACAAACUGUCAACCUCAACCCCCAAACCCUGCUUCACCUCCAGCAUUUAGAAUAGUGUGAAAUAUAAAUUUAAAACACUUUAAUAUAUCUAAGGGGGGAGGGUCGCACUCAGAGGCUUGCUGUGUGAAAGGGGUCACCAGUACAAAAGUUUGAGAACCCCCAGACUAGAUGAUCACAAUUGUCCCUUCUGGCCUUGGACUCUGACACGCUGCUGCUAGCUGCGCACCACCAGCAAAGAGCUCCAGCAUGGAGAAAGUAGAACUGAAAAACUAAUUGAGUGGAGCAGAAAUCUCUUUCCCACCAACAGGGAAGUGCUAAAAACCGUUAGCAAAUGUAAGACGUCCCUGCCAGUCCUACCUGAAUUAAUAGAAACAUUGAGAGUGGUGGUAGGAGAUGGAGGGAGAUUGUGGCUUGUCGUUCCAAUCUUGAGCUAGCCUAGUGAGAAGCAAAAUGGUUUUCAGUAGGAACUAGGGAUUUUGGGAGCCAACCUGAGAUGCCUUAAAGAAGCCUGAUUCUCAGAGGCCAGGUGGGCAGUACUUUAUGAAAAUCAUGUCCUUUUUAAUACAUCUCAAGCAUUGAAGCACCCAGAAGUAUUAGACACUGUGCAAAAGCUUAGUCAAUGGUCCUUAAUUUUCCUUUAGUUAAAUAAAUUUUCAUUCAUCAAUAGAUUAAAAAAAAAAAAAGCCACAUUACCUACAGGUGUGUUGGAUUCUCCAUUUACUAACUUGCCCAUGAAGCUGGGUGGGAUGAAGGAAGGAAACAAGCUGUGGUGUAGUUUCUAGUAAAAACAAUCUUAGAUCUCCACAAAGUAAAAAUAUUAAAAGGUUUUCUUUCUAUUUUUAAAUCCACACCCACCUCUUUCUGGUCGUAGCACCCUCCUCUUUCCCACCCCCAUUUAUUCCCUUUUUCCCCAAAACACACUUUCAAACACUGUAAAGAAAAAUAUUAGCAUUUAUUUUCAGUGGGCUUUUCUCACUGGCUGUUAUGUCAAUUUGGUGGCUCUCUGCCCACUGAGUGAAGUGACAUUUCCAUGUCUUCCUAGAGAAAUCAGCUAACUGGAAUGAUUCAUGCAUCUGGGCCACUGGUUACUGAAGCAGAGAGGUGCACACUUAGACAUGCAGUAUAUUUCAGCUGUAAAAACAUCUGCCAACACAAAAUAAAUAAAACUCUGUUAAAGGCUAUUUUUAGGGGGAAAAAAACCACUUUUCUCUUAGGCUAUGUCUACAUUGGCACUUCCAUUAAAACUUUUGUUGUUCGGGGUGUGAAAAAAACACCGCCUUGAAUGACAAAAGUUUUAACGACAAAAAGCACCCGUGUGGACACCGCUUUGUCAGCAGGAGACUCUCCCGCUGAUGAAGCUACCGCCCCUCGUUAGAGGUGGUUUUAUUUUGUCAUUAGGAGAGCUCUCUCUUGGCCACAGAGAGCAGCUACAAGGGCACAGUGUUAGGGACACAGCUGCGCCGUUGUAAGGGUGCAGUGUAGACGUAGCGUAAGUCGCACUAAGGUCUUCCCAGUCUCUCUCCAGGUGGCAGAUACAACCACCACCAAAAAAGGGCGAGUCCCCUUAGUUCCUACUGUGCUCAGCACGUCCCAGGAGGUGUUGAUAGCAGAAUUAAACCCUAGAGCAUCAGUGAGGGAAAAAUGCAUUUUCAUGUUCCAAGCCUUGUCCUCCUUUUGCUGACCAGUUACUGAUGUGAAAAUACAGAAUGUCCAUGAAUUUAGUAUGCUCGUUUGGGGCUUCUUCUGCACUGGGUUUGACACUAGUGCUAGUGCAUACCCUGUUACAUGCAUACCUGUUACAAAGCAUGGGUCUGAUGUUGCAAGCACUUACGGUGGGGCCUAGUGUUUGCUGAACUGCUCAGGGAAGCAAGUGCUGGAUGUGGCAGGAAAUGCCUGCAGGAACGGGGCUUGUGUUAAAUCACAUGCUGUAGACUGGGCCUGUUAAACACUCCUGUCCAACUACUCAUUAGCAUCAAAGGAGGAUCCAUAUACAGAGAGCUCAGAGGACUGCACCUUGGCUGUGGGAAGAGGGCAGGCUGUAGUGUUGAUACUGAAGCCGUAGCAGAUUUCUGUUCCAAGUGAAACCGUGACAGCGAUUUACUUCCCGCAUUACUUCAUAGCUUCAGCUUAGGGAGAACGUGGCUGUCGUGCGUGGAGAAGCUUGAAUUUCCUGGCACAGAGCUUUGGGCUGCACUUUUUUCUUCAUAGAAACUUAAUGGGCUGUUUGUAGUGAGCUCCCAAGCUAUAGCUUGGCCACCUACAAAGGGGGCCUUGUUUACCAGAAUUCAGGUCUCUGAGAAAGACACAGAUUGUAAUUAAAUACAUAUUUUUAAACUUGGAAUUAAUUUACUGAAAGUUCUUUCUACAGAACCAUGUAUUUUUUCAUCCCUUUGUUAAUAAACGGCUUUUUCAGA